AUGGCAGUCCGGUCUAAGCCGGAGAAGACCCGCCCAAAAAGAAUCCUAAUUGGUGUUUGGGAGCAUCUGUAUGAUGAGACUAAAACAGAAGAGGAUUUGAAAGCAGAGUAUUUGUGUCCGUUUUGCAGCGAGGAUUUUGAUGUUGUUGGUCUCUUUUGCCACAUCGAUGAAGAGCAUCCUGCUGAAGCCAAGAAUGGGCGUAAGAGGAGACUGCAGAAGGGGGGAGCUAACUCAGCAUUUUCUAUACUGAGAAAAGAGCUGCGAGAAGGAAGUUUACAAUCCCUUCUUGGUGGAUCUUCGUGCUCUGUUUCGUCCUCCAAUACAGAACCUGAUCCAUUGCUUUCACCUUUCAUAUUUCUUGUCAUAGUUUUGCAGAAUUGGAAAACUUAA